UGUUAUAUUACAAUGAUUAUAUUCAUGUUAUUUACAACCAAUCGCAGUUAAUUAUGUAAUUUUUAUAUAUAUAUUUUUAACCACUUUUAAAUAUAAUAUUUUUUUAAAGUUUAUAGUAUUUUGUUCAGUAAUUUCACAGUUUCCUUUAUUUUUAAUACAUUAUCUUCCGAAACAUGGAAUCUUAUAAUUUUGACCCUACCAAAUUUGAUUUGGACCCUGAAUUUAAAAAUUCUAAGUGUUUAAACCUUUGUGAGCUUCACUUAAUUCUCGGCGAUCAGCUCAGACUUCAUCACAACAGGAACGAUACAGCUGUACAAUUUAUUAAAACAUCCCAUGAAUAUGCUAGUCGGUUUGCUAUUUUAAAGUGUCGUAACGCCAUCGUCGACAUCAGAACCACGAUUGAGCGUGAUGGGCUUCUACACGAGUUUGAAAUGGCAAGUCUGGUCAAUUUACUCCCCAAAUCUGCUGACGAGGCUAAAUCUCUAAUUCCCUCUUUAUGCAGAAUUCCCGAUGACAAGAUAAAUAAAAUCUUGGAACUACUAGAGAGUUACAGGAUACAAUCUUAACCUGCUUAUUACUGAUGUAGCUAUAAAUUUAUUAUCGAUUCA